AUGGCCCACUCACCACCACCAUUAACAGGUAUCCGCGUUCUCGAGUUGGCUGGCCUGGCACCAGGCCCCUUCGCGGGCAUGAUGCUCGCCGACUACGGCGCGACCGUCAUCCGCGUCGACCGCGCACACCCCUCCUCCCUCCACGCCGACUCGUCAUCCUCCUCCUCACAAACCUCCUCCUCCUCCACCGCCACCACCCCCGCCCCACCACCACCGCCCACCGCCGACCUCCUCACGCGCCGCAAGACCUCGAUCGCCCUCGACCUCAAAUCCCCCGCGGGCCGCGCGCUGCUGCUGGCGCUGAUCCCGACCUUCGACGUCGUCAUCGACCCGUUCCGGCCGGGUGUCCUCGAAAAGGCCGGCCUGGACCCGGAGCGCGUGCUGCGGCGGCGCAACCCGCGGCUCGUCGUCGCGCGGCUGACGGGCUUCCGGCGUGGUGACGACGGCGCCGGGCGUGGCGGCGGCGGCGACAAGUACAGCGCCAUGGCGGGCCACGACAUCAACUACCUAGCCGUGGCGGGCGUGCUGGGCAUGCUGGGCCGCAAGACGGCGAAGCCCUACGCGCCGGGCAACAUCGUUGCGGAUUUUGCGGGCGGAGGCGCGAUGGCGGUGCUGGGUGUUGUGCUGGCGCUGUUUGAGCGCGAAAGGAAUGGUGGGUUUGGCCAGGUUGUGGAGGCGAAUAUGGUGGAUGGCAGCGCGUAUCUGGCUAGCUUUUUGAGGCUGGGGAUGGGCGAGGUCGCGGGCAAGGAAGGGGUGUGGGGGAGGGCGAGGGGGGAGAAUCUGUUGGAUGGAGGGUGUCCGUGGUAUGAUACGUAUGAGACCAAGGACGGGAAGUGGGUCGCGGUGGGAGCGUUGGAGGAGCGGUUUUUCGAGAAGCUGUGCGAGGGCUUGGAGGUCGAUCCGAAGAAGUUCCCCGCGCCGAGGGAGGAUAGAAGGGUUUGGCCGCACUUGAGAAUGCUGUUUACGGCCAAGUUCAAGAGUAAAACGAGGGAGCAAUGGGAGCGCGUCUUCGAUGGGACGGACGCCUGUGUCACGCCGGUGCUGGAGCAGAGGGAAUUGAGGGAGAUGGGCUUCGAUCAGCGGCCUCCCGUCACGCUUAAAAGCUCGCCCGCCUGGGCCAUUGCCGACGGUGAUAGGGAUACGAGACCGGCAUCCGAGGGCCAGGGAAUCGGCGUGGAAGGCGAAGGGUGGACAGAUAAGGGAUUGGCGCCCGGUGAGGGCGGAGAGGAGAUGCUGGCGAGGCUGAUGGGGUGGAAGAGGGGUGUGCACUACGCUGUCGAGAACGGCGGGCUGGUGUUGAUCGACAGGACGAGGAAGUCGACUAGUAAUUAUAAGCUGUAG